AUGGCCACAUCGAUAUCGAGCGACCACAAGCAGCUUGAUUAUCAUGUCAUCUGUGCGAGAAUCUUUCCAUUAGUUAAAGCUGAUGCGUCGGUGUCGAUUAAGGUGUUGCAAGAGGCAACAGAGAAGGCAGUAGCACAGAUCUACGACGAUUGGGAGGAGUCAUAUGCGGAUCUUUCCCGCUGGAUCCUUGGGGUCACAUUCACCAUAGACGGUUCCGUUGCUCUGCUAAAGACCUCCCCAGUUAGAGUGGGUGACCAGGUUGAUGAAGAUAGAGUCUACUUUCAUCGCAUGUUUUGGACAUUCCCUCCAUGUAUUGAGGCAUUCCGCCACUGUAAGCCACUCGUCAGUAUCGACGGGACACACCUGUAUGGCAAGUAUGGAGGGACCUUGUUGUUGGCGAUUGCUCAGGAUGGGAAUUUGAAUAUUUUGCCUGUUGCAUUUGCACUAGUGGAGGGAGAAAAUGCAGAACACAAUGGCAUCAAGGCUGCGCUGGAGUCCCCAGAUAGUGGUUGGCGACCUCCUCAUGCUUAUAGGGCAUUUUGUAUUCGGCAUGUUGCUGCAAAUUUCGCCCUCACCUUCAAGGGGCAGGAUGCAAGGAGGUGGCUGGUAAACGCCGCUUAUGCGAAGACGGAAGCAGAAUUUGACUAUUGGUUUGAUAUAAUGAGGUCAGAGAACCCGACCAUGUGUGAUUGGGCAAACAGGAUGGAGUAUGAGAUGUGGACAUAG